AUGCCGAUCGACUCAUCGAGUCCCUCGAUGGGGAGCCUGGGAUUCUUCCCAGGAAUAGCAGUAUUGGCAUUCCUCGAGGCCUCGGGGUUCAUUAAAUGGCUCAAUGUCGGGCAACAUGCGCCCGUCGACACGGGCACGACGGUGGCGGGCGUCGGCGCGGCGAGCAAUGGCAAGAUUGUGCGGAGCGGCAUGCCAUCACGGCUCGCCCACCCGCCCCCGCCUCAGCCCAAGGCGCCCUCAUGGGGCAUUACCCCGCAUUUUCACAUCCCACUAGACGAAAUCCUCGACCGCAAGCACUUGCCACCGUUGGGGUUGAAGGAUUUUGAGGAGUGGCUGCUCUUCAUUGACCGUGCACCGGAGAACUUGUACUUCAUCCUUUGGCUGCGCGACUACAGCGCUCGCUACACAACCUGGGCUCGUCAAUGGAGGGAACAGUCGCACCCUCGGGGGCCAUCCACCCAGGCGCGUGCGUACCGUACUCUCUCCACGCCGCACCCACCACCGAACCCCGCCCUCGCCCUCUUCUAUCUCCGUGCAAAGGAGACGUUCCUUUCACCUGACGGUCCUUAUGCUCUACGACUCCCGCAAGAUGUCCUCUCUCCGUUUCAAUCCUCUUCACUCGGUGUUGGAGUAGGCGGGCCAGCUGGUGGCAGUUGGCCGCAUGCGUAUGCAUCACAUCACUCAGAUUCACUGUUCGGCUCCCCUCCACCACCACCAGAUCCUGCCGUCUUCGCCGAGGUCGCCGACCGCGUCCGUGCGAGCCUUUCGGAAAGCCUGGACCGCUUCGUGGUGGCGACGUUCCACAAUGUCGGGAUGCCUCGCGCAUAUUGUGGGUGUGCGGGCGGGACGGUCAUUGGUCUCACGGGAAGCGCUCCAAUCCUACUCGCAAACUUCCUCACUGGUGGCUCGCGAUGGUGGCGCUUCACGGCCAUACCGGGCAUGUGGCUCGGCCUCACCAUCGUUCUGUCUGCCAUGUACGGUGUUUGCAUGAUGAUAUACGUCUUUGGAGACCUGCGACAGCUUCGGUCAUUCGAAUUGGCACGCUUCCCUGAUCCGGAAGUAUCGAAGGCGAAACCGGGAGUGACUAAGGAGAAGCUUAGCAUCAAGAUGUUCAGCAAGUACGAGCAGCACCCAAGCAGAAUGGACUCCCCAGCUGCGAGUCCGCAAGCUCUUACCGGUCCCCCACCGCCUUUGGUGCAAAAUGCAACGUCUCGAGGCGGACUCACAGCCGCACAACCUCCGAGCGAGUCUCAACAGAGCCGCGCUCCCCGACCAUCUCUGUCGAAACUUCAUAUCGUCCCUCCACAACCCGCGCAUACCCGGACACCCAUCCGGACAUCGUACAGCACAUAUCCCGACUUUGGCCUGAUGCAGUCCAUGUCUUCCGCGUCUACUUCCCACUCGAUCCACUCAGGCAAGCGAAAUGCUCGCCAACCGUGCUUCGCUCCCGUUAGCGACCAGGAGUACGAUACCGACGACGACUGCGGUGCAUCUGGAUCCGAUUGUGACUCGGACUACAGCAGCAGCAGUCUCGAGUCCGAUGCGAGCACGGACGCAUUUCAUAGCUCCGUGACAGACGAGGGCGUCAGUAUGCACGCAGACAAGGCGAUACAGAAACGGAGGAGAGCGCGUCGGAGGCGGGAACGAGAACCCCAAAUUCAUAUCUCGGACGCGUUCUUCGACGAGCACCCAUGUCCAGAAGGACCUGCUACUGCUGAUCCCCAAGAGCGCUCGGGCCGUACCUCGAUAUGGGGCGACAGCAGCGAAGAGGACAUUGGGACUGGCGCGACCUUCAUACAUUCUUACCAGUGGGAUGACGAAGGCCAAAUAUGCACGCACGAUGUCGAGUCUCAAGCCCAGUGCUCGGCGGAACGUCAACCGAUGGGUUCCUUCGAUUUCGAUGGACUCCCUCACCUGCGCAGUUCCCGUUCUGUGCGUUCGGACUCUGGAGCCGUCGCCCCGUCACCCUCAAUGCCUCCCUAUGCUGCGUCCACCCCGCUCGCGCCUAGCCCUGCGCCGGGCGAGUCGGAAAAGCCCUCUCGUGUGCACUUCGCUGAUUCUGAGCCUGGUCGGGAACGCACCACGGCUCGUCGGCCGCAAGGGCAGCAGGACGCACCACCCAGCCUCUUUCGUCAGUUUCUUGGGGUCAUUCAGCAGAAGUGCGGGCCAAAGAACGUCGCAAUGCAGCUCCUCGGAUCGCGCAGUGCAACUUCCCCUUCGAUCAACGAGAAAGAGAGAAUGCCGGAGCCUCGGACGCCCGUGUCUAUCGGUCCUCUUUCCCCAUCCUCGACGCUCGCCCCACAGUCACCGAUUUGGCCCUCAUCAUGUAACGCCAACCCUCCGUCACCUACCUCGACGAUCACGACCACACUCAACUCGUCGGUUGUCGCACGACCUCAGACGAAGGCGACAUGGCAGGCGCGUGUGCGACGAAUGCUUGAAGUUCCGGCGUUUGCCUCGCCGCUGACCCCGGUGCUCAACCCGGUCGUGACGCGAGGGCAGUGGGAGAUCGUCGUCCGUAGUGCGUUUAUUGCGCUCGUGGUCAGCGCAGUUGUCGUCGGUGCGUUGGUCGCGGUGCCCGAGACCCGCGUCGUGCGGUGACUGUCGCGUUGUGAGAACGCGCGGAGAGGAUGGGACGCGGUGCCCCUGAUGUGUAUGCUGUCUGUUGUUUGUUGUCUGUUGUCCGUAUCCGUCAUGCACGUUGUCACUUGUUGUUUUUCAUUGUCUUACCGCACUCAUCACAUUGUUUUCCCCGCAUUCCCUUCAUCCCCGC